AUGAGAAUAUGGAAAGAGCUAGAACUGCGAAGGUUUCCUUAUUGGGGAACACGCAUGACAGAAUCUUCUAGCAGCCUUGAAGGAAAACCAAAUCAGAAAACAGAUGGGCAACCACAAUUGCUUCACUUCACUCGGAUAAGCAGAAUUGGAUUUUGCAAGGCUAUACCCGGUUUAUUACUUCCGACGCUUCUACUCCGUACACUUGCAUCUACCUCCUCCGCCUCCUCUUAUUCUGCUGCUCAUUUGCUUCACUGCUCAGUUCCGACAAGGCUUUCCUUUUAUUCCUCCCAAAGAAGAACUACAUGUCCUAAGCUCCGCUAUUUCCGUCAAUUCACCGUUAUAUGCGGCACCUCCAUCACAGAGAUCAACGAGACAGAAUUUAAUGACACUGUUUUGAAGACUAACCAUUCCGUUCUCAUUGAGUUCGUCACUAACUGGUGCGGUCCUUGCCGUUUGAUCUCUCCCACUAUGGAACCCCUAGCUCAGGAAUAUGAAGACAGAUUAACAGUGGUGAAGGUUGAUCAUGAUGCGAACCCUAGGCUAAUCGAAGAGUACAAAGUUUAUGAGCUACCAACAUUGAUCCACUUCAAGAAUGGACAGGAAGUUCCAGAAAGCAGAAGAGAAGGUGCAAUCACCAAAGUCAAACUCAAAGACUAUGUGGAUGCUUUAUUGGAAUCAAUCUCAAUUUUGUUGAGACGAGUCGAAAUUCUGUUUCCCUCUCGGUUUGCCGGAUUUUUACAUUCUUGAGUCAACUGUAUAACAUAAGCUGCAAAUACAAGAUGUUUUGUUUAAGUAAAUUUGCGACUUUCUAUCCCUUUUUGGAUUUUCCUUUGUUGUUUGAUUCAGGUGUAUAAAUUUCUUCUCCUUUGACAGAAGUGUAAUUGGUAAUUUUGUUAAACAAUC